GUGUUUUCUGCAGCUCUCUACGUCAGUAUUCCUUCCACUCACUGAAGGACUUGUGCUCUCUGAGAGAUGUUCCUGACCUGAGGAACGAUCUGGCCUUCCUCCUGCACAUGUUGGACCAGUACGACCCCCUGCUGGUUCAGCGUCUGUCCGUGUUUCUGUCUCCGGUCACUGAGAGCCGGCUGCUGGAGGAAAGCUUGGAGAGGCGUUGGGGGGAAGAGAAGCUGAGAUCCAUGAGCAGCGUGGAUUCAGAGGGAAGCUCCAGACUGCAGCUGGUGGCUCUUCCUCGUCUUCCUCCAGCUCUCUUCACCCUCAACCAGCUGCACGUCCUCAAGCUGGAGCUCAUCACCGAGGCCAGGUUUACUGCACAGGUAGCCAACAUGAAAUCACUCAGGGAGCUCCACCUCUACCACUGCUCAGCGGCGGUGGAUCCUGGGGCUCUGGGGGUCCUGCAGGAGCGUCUGGAGGUCCUUCACCUCACCUUCACCCAGGCCUCAGAGAUCCCCAGCUGGGUAACUUCCCUCCGAGGCCUGCACGAGCUCCACCUCUCCGGACGCCUGAGCAAUGAUAACGGUGUGGGUCGCAGCUGGGCGUUAGGAAGCCUGCGACAACUACGUCACCUCCGAGUGCUGGUGAUCAGAGGCAUGCUGCAGAGGAUCCCCGGGGAGCUGUGUGAGGUGUUGGUGGCGGGCAGCUUGGUGAGGCUGGAGGUCUUCAACGAGGGCACCAGGCUGCUGGUCCUCACAGGGCUGAAGCGGAUGGUGGACCUGACGGAGCUGCUGCUGCAGGACUGCCGGCUGGAGAGAUUACCGUCUGCUCUACUCUCCCUCACCAACCUGCGCACUCUGGACCUGCAGCACAACAACCUGCGGACCCUGGAGGAGCUGCUCAGUCUGGCUGCUCUGCGCCGCCUCUCCUGUCUCAGACUCGCCUACAACCGAGUCCUCUCAUUACCCGCUAGUGUUGCCGUUCUGCGAGGUCUGGAGCUCCUGGAUCUGUCCAACAACCAGCUGCAGAGUCUUCCUCCAGCCCUCUUCACUCUGCACCGCCUUAGAAAGCUGUUCCUGGCUGGUAACCUGCUGGAGGUGCUUCCUGCUGAGGUGAAAGCGCUGCAGCUGCUCACAGAGCUGGAUCUCAGUGGGAACAGGUUGGAGAAACUCCCCUCUCAGCUGUUCAGUAGCUGUUUGGAGCUGCACAUCCUUAAUGUGGCGCACAACUCUCUCAGUGCACUACCCAGAGGUGUUGCAGCUCUGAGUCGGUUGUGCAGGUUGGAUCUGCGCAGUAACAGUCUGGAGGAUCUGCCCGCUGAGCUGGGAUCCUGCCCCGGGUUGCAUGGGGGGGGUCUGCUGGUGGAGGACUGGCUGUUUCUCUCUUUGCCCCCCAGAGUUAGGGACUUCCUGAGCAGAUCUUGCCCCCCCUCUGGUGCAUAUUCAGAGGGUAAUUCACGCCCAGAGUCCGACAGUUUCCCGUACUUCUCUCCUACUCAGUGGAGUUUCUCUUCUGCUCUGGAAUCACAGAUCUAAGUCUCUAAUACCAGUUGUGAAAUGCAAUUUACUCAAGUAUCAAUGUUGAGGUACGCUAACUGAGUAUUUACUGUAAUUUUUUGCUAAUUUAUACUGGUACUUCAAUACAUUUUGGAAGCUAAUAUUGUACCGAUUACUCUUAUCUGACAGCUUUGAUAACUCUACAGAUUCAGAUUGUUAGCUAAUACAAAAUAUAUAUCAACUAAUAAGAUGCUAAAAAAAAAGGAACCAAUGAAAAGGUGCAGUCGUAGUCUUAUGGCCACUUGAGAACAGAAACAUGAUUAUUUCUUGAAAAUCCCAGUUGAUCAGCUUGUUUCUUACUGUGCCUGCUGUAUCACUUUAUUAAAAUAGGUCACUGAGAGUGUUAAAUGCUAGUAACUAAUCCAACCGGAUGCUGGUGUGUCUAUAUAUAGCUGGUUGUACUUAUCUCCAACACCAAAAUAAAUGAUAAUUACUCUUUAUGAACCUAUGCAUUACAAAUACUGACUUUUCUGCUGUUAUUUGCACUUAUCAGCCUUAUAAUUAGUAUUUCUAACAAUAAUACUGAUAUUACCACUGGGUGUUUGCCACACUGAGGUCACUUCAUGUUUAUGCAAUAAUAUUUGUAUUGAACUUUUUGAAAUAACAGAAGCAAUACAGAAAAAAGUUAAUGAAUAAAUGUUAUUUUGUACCUAU